ACUUUUGUCAAAUCUUGCCAACAAAAAUUCAAACUAAAAAACCUAACUCAGAAAAAUCACCACCGCAAAACAACCUCUGCAACCGCCACUACCACCCUAAUUUUCUCUGAAAAAUCUAAUCCCAGAAAUGUGUUCCAAUUAACUUUAUUUCAAAAUUCUUUUUCUUCACUGAGAAAGAGUUCAAUGGCGAAGGAAUUGUUGAGCCUUGAUAAUGGCACAAUCUGUUCUUCAUGGAAUUACUCUGACACAAGACUCGCUACAGGUUCCAUCGAUGGCACUCUUUCGAUAUUCGAUUUGAGAGAUUCAACUUCUUCUACUUCUAACUCUCUUCGCUCUACUUUCAAAACCAAGGUUCGUGAAGGAAACAUUGUGAAGAUAGUAUGGCUUCUGCCGGAGUAUGGUGAUGCGGUUGCAUGUAUUUCCGCCGAUGGAAUUGUUUCUUUGUUGGAAGAGAUUGUUGAAGAUUCAAAGCCUCUUCAGUGGAAGCUAUGCAAAACCUUCGGAAGCAGUGCGAGUAAAGUCCUUGAUGUUCAAUUUGGAAUCUCUUUGUCUCGUUUGAAAAUGGUUGCUGCAUAUUCAGAUGGUCAUGUGAGAGUUUUUGAGCUCUUGGAUCCCUUGGAACUGACUAACUGGCAGCUUCAGGCUGAAUUUCAAAAUGUUAUUGAAUCAGUGUCUUCGUUUGGAAAGGCGUUGUCCCUCUCUGCGUCGAUAUCUUUGAAUCCACAAAAGGGCGGAAGCCAGGAAUCCAGCUUCCUUGUAGGUUUCAAUUCAAAUACACCAGAGCUUAAUUCUUCCAAGGUAUGGGAGUUUGACCAGGCUCAUCAAAGAUGGCUUCCCGUGGCAGAAUUAGCAUUAUCUGAAGACAAGGGUGAUCAGGUGUAUGCUGUCGCAUGGGCACCAAAUAUUGGCAGACCAUAUGAGAUCAUUGCCGUUGCAACACACAAGGGACUUUCAAUAUGGCACCUAGGAUUGAAUCCAGAUCAUACUGGGAGACUUUCAGUAGAAAGAGUUGCACUGUUAUCUGGUCAUGAAGGCGCGGUGUGGCAAAUGGAGUGGGAUAUGAGUGGAAUGACGUUGGCUACUACUGGUGACGAUGGAAUGGUCCGAUUAUGGCAGUCUAAUCUCAACGGCGUUUGGCAUCAACAAGCUGCAUUUGAACCUACUUCUUAGCCACAUACUCUUGUUACAUGCAGCCGUCGUAUGUUGUAAGUAGUAAGCUGGCAUGGAUUUUCCCCACCACCAGUAUUAAUUAUUGAAUAGGACAACUUGUAUUUUGUUGUAGGUUAGAUAGACAACAUUAUCCUGUUAUAUGAAAGAUAUGAUGAUGAUAACUUUUCAAUGGUUGUGAUUGUCGAUAAUUGCAAACCCUUACCAUUCACACAAAUCAUACUUUCACUUUUUUAAUGACAUGCUAAGAUUCACGCUUUGCUAUGGCAACA